GUUGUUUACGGCAGUGAACUUCCUCGCUCCGCUCGCUGUCAUGCAGGUGGAAUUCAGUCCAGCAGUCGUGAGAUUCGAGCACAUCAGGACAGACAUUCAGUUUGGGGAGAGUUCGUGUUUAAACCUGACUCCAUCUCCGAGCAUCACAUCCACAGUUUACCUGAUCAUGGUCACGGAAUCUUCAGCACUGCCAAGGAGACUGAACAGCACGCAGAUCGGAUGGAUUUGAAAGAGACUCGCAUCAUGCUCAGGUGGUCUGUCUUUCCCACUGAAGGAGAUCAUACAGGCUUCAUUUGGGGAAGAAAACAGUGGUGUGAAUGUUUAGAAUAUUAAGCAGAUUAUAUUUUUUAUAAUCAUGGAGGAGAGCAAUAGCUGUGAAGCAGUCCCAGAUUUAAAGGAUCUGGAGUUGAAAGUGGGGAGAAAGACCCCAGAGGGGCUAUUGAAAUGGAUGAGAGAGGAGCACAAAAUGAUCUCUCAUCAUCAGACUGACAGUAAUGAGACUGAGAAGAAGGGCCUGGAUGAGAAGAUCCGAAAACUUAAAAUGGAGAUGGCUCAUCUACGAGCAGCAGAUGUCAAGAUCUUGAACCAGUUGCUUGCGCUUCAUGAGGGCAUCGAGGCAGUGAAAUGGCUUCUGGAAGAGCGUGGUGCACUCACUAGUCACUGCAGCAGCCUGACCAGCAGCCAGUUCAGCUUAGGGGAGGGUCAAGACACCUCAUGGAGGGGCAGCUGGAGCAGUCUGCAGGACCCCCAUGACAAGCUGGACAACAUUUCCAUUGGCAGCUAUCUGGACACAUUAGCUGAUGACCUAGAUGAGUACUGCCCCUCUAGUGGGACUGAUUCAAUACUCACUGCCACCCCUUUGGGGACAGAUUGCUCCAGAGGUAAUGGAGGAGGAGUGGGAAGUUCCACUGGAUCUGGAACCAGAUCACCACAAGUCAAGUCAGAUGCCCCUAAAGAAGAAGCUCAGGUUUGGAAUAAAGCACCCUCUGAUACAGCGAGACCGUACCAGCCCAACAAGACCAAUGGAAUCCUGGACAAAGCAGUGAAGCAAAUGGUCAGACCAGAUUCACCCAGGGCUUUUCUCGCUGAGAAGCUGGGGAAGAAUCUGAGCCCUAAAAUGAAACCCUACAAGAAUGGCACAGUUGAGUUGGAAAGCUGCAAAAUGAAUGGCAAAGUUCAACUGGAGUAUGACGCACACUGGCGUUGGGUGCAGUCACAGGAUGAUGUGACGUUUUUGUGAUAAUAUAUGCAUGAUCGAGCCAAAGGUGUUGAUGGGAGACUCCUCUGGUUCUCUAUUCAAAACUGAGCUUUUGUUUGUAGACUUAGAUCUUUGAUUAAUUUGAGGCCAGCUUCUGAGAUCUCCUGAAAGGACAGAGGUUAAGAGGUCAGCAACGGAAAAGAAUCAGGAAUGGAUGGAAAGAAGCUUAGACCCGUGGGGGAUCAGUAUUUAAAAAUCCUGAAAUAAUGACAGUAUACUCUUUGUUAGGUUAUGUUGAUGUUUAUGGACGCAUGUUUCAAACGUAAAUUUCAUGUGAUAUCAUAAUCUUUUCUGUAAUGGCAUCUAUUGAUUCAGCGUAACUAUAAAUUGAGUCAGUAAUCCAGGACUUUAUUGAAUAUGUCAGUAGAUUUAUUUCAUUUAAAUGAUGUAAUUUCAAUUCUAUGGGCUUAGAUAAUUUUAAAACAGUUCUCAGAAACAAUCAAAAUCCACAAAAUUCAUGAUUAUCUUUUUUUGCAUACUACCAUAUAUGUUGUUAAAAGAAUUAUCCUAUGCUCACCAAGGUUGCAUUUAUUUGGUCAAAAAUACAUUAAAACCAGAAAUAUUAUUAACUAUUAUUACAAUUGAAAGUAACUUUUCUAUUUCAAUAUAUUAAAUAAAUGAAUAAAUGUAUUUACUUAUGUGACGGCUGAAGUUUAAUAUUAAUCCUUAACAUUUUUGUGGAAACUAUGAUAAAAUAUUUUUCAGGAUUCUUUAACGAAUAGAGAGUAAAAAUAAAAAUAAAAAAUAGAGCAUUUAUUUGAAAUUGAAACCAUCUGUAACAUUACAAAUGUCUUUACUGUAUUUCAAAAGAGUGCACAAAUGCUCACAUUUUACAUUUCCUUCAUAUUUUAAAGUGAACCAAAGUUUGUUUAGCUAAAACAAUCCAAAAGCUUUAAACCACAGCAACUUAUUUAGUUAAAAUCAGAUUGAAUAGAUUUUUUAUGCUGUCUGACCAUUUUGUUUGUCUUUUAUGCUGAUUACAAUAUAGACAAAAAUGAAGUGCAGUGUUUGCUCUUAAACUGUAGGGAAUGUUUAAAGCAUGCUCCAUUUGAACACCAAAGUCCAGUGUGUUCCUUUGACUUAACAUUUAAAGGUCAAAGAAUAAAUCCAUUCUGAAUACAAAGCAUGUGCCCAUCUGUUACAAUGUGACCCUGAGUUCAGAAUCAGCAACACCCUUGAGUUGCCUAUGACAAUUAAUUAUACAAUCAGAAUGCCAUUUUUGCAUGGAUAUAAAUCAUGAAAAAGAAACUGCUUUACUCUGUAAGAAUGCAUAUGUAAUCAAUCAGUAAAAAUGCUGUAUUGUCAAUCUAAUCAGGGUUAACUCUGGGUAAGCUUUAAGUAGGAUCCUGUUUUGAAGUACUUGUUCAUACUGGUCCUGUUGGAUCCCCAAAUUAAAUUAGCUAAGAAAACAGGAACAGGAAAUUGAGGAUGUCAUAUGGCUUAUUACUCAGAUCCAAUAGAAUAAUAUUACUCACACAAAGGUAUGGAGGCCAGUGGUUGUGAUGUGCAUUUGUUAUGUCUUUUCUGGUUAUUUAUCAAGCAACUAAAGUGCACAUUUAAUUUAAAGAUGUUCAGAUGACUAACUUUUACCAAUUAAUCAAGUUCUAUAUCUGUUAUAUAUAGUUCUAUGUUUUGUAUGCCAAAAGAACUGCAUUGAUGUAAUUAUUAUUAUCAUUAUUAUUAUAAAAAAAAAAAUUUGGUCUAAUGGAGGAACUGAAAGUGCAAUCAGUAUUCAGCAAUUUAACAUUAAGUGUGUUAUCUAAUAAAACACUGUACUGUU